CUUUCAUUACACUCUAGGGCCUCCUUCAUAAAGCUUUGCAACCAUGUCAAACCAAAAGACAAAGGGAAAUACUACUUUCCUCUUUACCUCUGAGUCUGUUGGCGAAGGACAUCCUGAUAAACUCUGCGAUCAGGUCUCAGAUGCUAUUCUCGAUGCUCAUCUCACACAAGAUCCAAAUGCCAAAGUCGCAUGUGAAACUGCGACUAAAACAGGCAUGGUUCUUAUUUGCGGUGAAAUCACAUCGACGGCUGUUGUGGAUUAUCAGAAAGUGGUCCGUGACACAAUCAGGAAGAUUGGAUAUGAUUCCUCGGAAAAAGGAUUCGACUACAAAACCUGCAGUGUCCUGGUUGCCCUCCAACAGCAAAGCCCUGACAUUGCCGGCGCUGUCCAUAAAGACAAAAAAGAAGAAGAUAUCGGCGCCGGUGAUCAGGGUCUCAUGUUUGGCUAUGCCACUGAUGAGACAAAAGAACUCAUGCCCCUGACUGCUGUUUUAGCUCACAAUCUAAACAAGAAGCUUGCUGAGAAGAGACGAGAUGGAUCUAUGCCCUGGCUCCGACCUGAUUCCAAAACACAAGUUACCAUCGAGUAUGAUGGAAAAAUGGGUGAUGGUGUAAUCACACCUCUUCGAGUCCAUACUAUCGUUAUUUCUGCCCAGCACCACCCUGACAUCAAAUUAGAAGAAAUGAGGAAGCAACUGAAGGAGAAAAUUAUUGACGAAGUCGUCCCUGCCAAAUAUCUUGAUGGCAAAACAAUUUACCAUCUGCAACCUUCUGGUACAUUUGUGAUCGGAGGCCCCCAAGGUGACGCAGGUUUGACAGGAAGGAAGAUCAUUGUCGACACCUAUGGUGGAUGGGGGGCUCAUGGGGGAGGUGCUUUCUCUGGGAAGGACUUCUCUAAGGUGGACCGAUCUGGUUGUUAUGCCGCCAGGUGGAUUGCUAAGUCUCUUGUGGCAGCCGGGCUGUGCCGCCGAGUCUUGAUCCAAGUCUCGUAUGCCAUCGGUAUUGCCGAACCUCUUUCAAUCACUGUGUUCUCUUACGGAACAGGCACGAUGUCUGAAGACGAGCUCUUGGAAAUUAUCAAGAGAAACUUUGAUCUUCGUCCUGGCGUGAUAGUCAGGGACCUUGACUUAAAGAGACCCAUCUACCAGGAGGCAUGCGUCUACGGUCAUUUCAAGCCAGGUUUUUCCUGGGAAGUACCUAAGGAGCUGGCUUACUAGAUGACCGAGUUUACCAAGGCAGAGCAGAAAGUGCUCGAUAAGAGUGGUCCCUUUGAAGCAAUUAAGAUUGAUUCAGCCUAGUACUAUAAUAACUACCGAAUUUUAAUGAUAACGAAUGACAAAAAUAAAAGGCUCGAGACUGAAACCAUGUCAAACGGAAAGUAACUGUCCAUGGUCGAUUCAAUGAAUGAAAUAAAAAUAUCU